UUAGCUUCUCUUUCUUUAAGCGCUUAUAUUCCUUCUGAUCCUUGGUCAACUUUAACUCCUUCGUCAACUUUAAAAAACGGCAUUGUAGAUUAUUCUUCAACUUUUGGUAUAGCUGUGGUUCCUAUUCAAACCCCAUCCUCUUGUCAUGCUGUUUCGGCUUUAAAUAAAAGAAACGUCUUGGUCUCCCAAAUUGACGAUGGUCAAAUUCAGGCUACAACUGAAACGCCCAACGAUUCUUCUCUUUCUACCUCAACCGCCGUCACUCAAUCACACUCAAUUCCCAUUGUCCUCAUUUCUCAAAUCUCUGAUGGUCAAAUUCAAGCUACUACUGAAACAUCUUCAUUAUCAGUGUCUUCUGUUGCUUCACUUCCUCAAAUUUCUUCAAUUUCUGAAAUUCCUCAAGUUUCUUCUUAUUCUCAGGUUUCUGAAUCAACAACAACCCAACAAUAUCCUCAAAGCUCAUCUCAUGAUUUUUCAAGCUCCGAAACCUCUUUACUGUUCUCAACAACUUCCACUACAACCAUCUGUUCCACAACUACCCUUGCUCCAAAUACUCCACACCCAGUCGCUUGUUUAACUGAUUCAACUCUUGCACUAAAUUUAAAAGAUUCGGUUUUAAUUGACGCCUUUGGUAGAAUAGGUUCAAUCGUCUCAAAUAGACAAUUCCAAUUUGAUGGUCCACCUCCACAAGCUGGUACCAUUUUUGCCGCUGGUUGGAGCAUCACUUCAGAUGGUUAUUUGGCUCUUGGUGACUCAGCUAUUUUUUAUCAAUGUUUAUCUGGUAAUUUUUAUAAUUUAUAUGAUGAAUCUAUCGGUACUCAAUGCACAGAAAUUAAUCUCAAAAUCAUUGAUCUUGUCAACUGU